AUGUCUUUUUCUACUAUCAACAAUCUACACAAUUACAACCAUGAUCUCUCAGACUCUUCUACCAGUCUAGACGUUCAUCGUCGGCAUUAUAAAUACUAUGAUGAUGGAUUAUACGAAGAAGAACAACCAUGUAUCAUACCUAAUUGCAAUGGAAUUAAUCCAAAUAUUAAAAUAGAUAUUUCUCAAUCAAUGAUCAUUCAUUCUCUUCAAAACAUUAAAUUGAGUGAUCAGUCAUCAUCGUCUUCACAUUCCGAUCGGAUGAAUCCACUCGCGAAUAAUUUUGAUCAUGGCGACCAUAUUGUACCUCCAACUCCUAUUCAUCCUCAACAACAACAACAACAACCUCAUCCCACAACAACAACCAUGACUCUCUCCAGUAGUAGCAAUAGAAGUAAUAAUUUGAUGGUUUUGAAUACGACAAAUAGAUGGUCGUCCAAUAACCAACAAAUGCUCCAACCACAAGAACCAAUCAUGACCUCUUGCUCAAAACAAUCAUUCCAUUCCUCGUCUUCAUCAGUAACAACAACACCAUCUCACCAACGUGACACACCAAUCAGUUCCUCCAUUCCGGUAACACCACCAUCAUCACUUGGAUUACUCGAGAAUAAUACCGAUAAUAAUAUUGACGAAAUGUGUGAAGAGGAUGAAAACUUUGAAUAUAACGACGAGUUGAAUUUUCUGAUUUCUAAUUUUGAUCUAUCAGAAGAAGAAAAGAAUAAAUUCAUGCCCUAUAUUUAUUGA